CGAGCCGUCGUCUCCCGAAAACUAACAUUUCGAGCUGUUUUGUUAAGAAGUCGAUGUUCUAGAUGGACAUCACCAGCUGCCUGCAGCGCUUCGAGGGCAGCCUCAGCUCCUACACCGGGGACGACCCCCUGGAGCACUGGGGCAGGUUCGUGGCGUACCUGGAGCAGAGUCUACCUGGCGGCGUGUCUCAGGUGUUGGACGCUCUGGUCCAGAGGUUCCUGAGCGAGGAGCGCUACGCCAACGACGCCCGCUACGUGGACUACUGCAUCCGAUGUGCGGGGUUCUCCUCCGACCCGGCCGCGCUGCUCGCCCGCGUGAACGCUCGGGGCGUCGGCGCCACCAGCGCCGCCCUCUACGUGGCGUGGGCCCGGCAGCUGGAGCAGAGCGGCCGGCCCCAGGAGGCCGAGGCCGUGUUCCAGAGCGCCGCCAGGAGCCGGGCGCAGCCGGCCGACGCCGUGGUGGGAGAAUACCGGCUGUUUAUGGCGAGAACAAGAAACCAGACGGCAGCAUCAGGAAGCUCCCCCCUCCAGAACUCCCUCCUGCCCAACAGGCAGAGGGUCUCUGGGUCUCAGCCUGGGGGUCUGAGUCCUGCUGCUGGUCCUCUGCUCCAGGACCCGGUGGACUGUCCUCAGAAAGCUGCAGCUCAUAAAACCACGGUGUCUCGCUCUGAGAACUCUGGCGUCGCCCCCUCCAGCCGGGCCGUGGCCACCGUGUCGGCCUACCUGGCGGAGCAGCUGCUCUGUGAGGGGGAGGAGCUCUGCUUCGAGGAGGCCAGAGCCCUCAGGUACUUCAGGAGGCAGGAGACGGAGGCCCGGGAGAAAACCCAGAAGAUGUUGAGUAAGAUGGGCGCCGCCGACCUGAGCUGCAGGAGCAACCUGGAGAACUUCCUCCCGGUCAUGGAGGUGUGUUCAGGGACCGUGAGCACGUUGUUGUUUUGGCGCUCUCUGGGCUCCAGGGCUCGCGGCGAGUCGGCCUUCCAGCCGGAGGGUCGAAGCUCGGAGGCUUCCCAUCAUGCACCUCACCCGGCCGACGAGAGCGUUCAUCCUGAAGCGUCUGCACCGGCGCCCUCAGACCACGAGUCAGCUGACCGGACGCUCGAGGCCCGCUCGGUCCAGAGGCCCGACGGGCGGGUUCAGCCGAGCGGCGCCGAGAACCCUCAGGAGCUCAACGCCACACGCCAGGAAGACGUUCAGCCGGAGGAGAAACUAAAUGUGUCUCAGGGUGCCUCAGCCAACCUGUCUCACUUCACGCCCGACUCGUCCCUGGGCUUCGUGCCGGCCACCCCGUCCAGGGUGCUGCCGUCCCCCACCGUCAACACCCGGGAGGCACUGGACGUGAUCAUGGACAUGUUCCAGGCCCCGACGCUCCUCGAGGAUCCUCUCAGUCGUCCCUCGAUGCUUCACUCCUCUCUGAGCGACUUCCUGCCCGGCGGCUCGUGCUCCGCGCCGUUGACCGUCUACCAGGACGAGCCGGACAAAGAGAACGCCGGCGCUGCGGCUCCGCCUCCUCUCGAGAAGUCUAAACCAAUCAGAGCGCUGGCAGAGAUCCCAUCGUCCAAUCAAACGAAUGAGGCCCCCGUGGACCCGGCUCCAGACGAGACCCUGUGGGGGCCCCGGUCCUCCUCUCUGGACUCCUGCCCCAACAGCACCAAUGACUUCAACAUGCUGGCUCAGUUCGUCUCCACGCCGUUUACCCACAAGGCACCAUUCUGCUUCUACGAGGGGGACCCGGGUGACGGUGAAGAAGUCGAUGCGUUCCUCCGCCGGCAGACCAAGAAGCUCAGCCCCAUCAUGGAGCUGAGUCCGUCGGGCGACGCCUUCGCUCAGCUGCUUCCUGCGUCCGCUGCACACGGCACCAUCGUGGGCGAAGGUGUGGCCCCGCCCCCCCACGGCCUGACCUGCUCCUCCACCACCCUGGUGGAGGCCCCGCCCCCCGCCGCGCUGUCCUUCAAGGACCAGACCCCCACGUGCGCCGCCGUCUGGGACGUGUCCGAGAGCCUGGAGCCGGCCCCCCGCCACGAGCCCUUCACCAUCAUGGAGGACCUGGACCAGAGGCCGCCGCCCCCCGACGAGCCCAUGAGCCCGGGGGGGGGCGGCGCCCACGGCCCGGAGGUCUUGCCGGGACCCCGUCUGCAGCACGGCGCCGACGCUGAGGACGAACCCACCGUGAGUCCCGACGUGUCCCUGAACGCAUCGCGGGGGGCCCGGGGCCAGCUGGUCUCGGACCCCUGGGACCAGGACCUCAUCGCUCGGCUGCUGUCGGCGCUCAGCCCCCCCCUCGCCGCCCACCCCCGCUGCGUCAGCUGGCCCUGCAAGCUGCCCGCCAUCUGCCCCAAGACCACCAUCAGCAUGGGGCGAGCGUCUCUGAGAGUCGACUGCGUCCUCGGAGAAGGAGCCUUCGCCACCGUGUACCAGGCCACCGACCCCCUGACCUCGGAGAGGACGGUGCUGAAGGUCCAGAAGCCGGCCAACCCGUGGGAGUUCUACAUCAACGUGCAGCUGGACGCUCGCCUGCGGCCCGACGUGCGCCGCCUGUUCGGCGCCGUGAGCUCCGCCCACCUCUUCCAGGACGGCAGCGUGCUGCUCGGCGAGCUCCACAACCACGGCACCCUGCUGAACGCAGUGAACAUCUACAAGACCAUGAGCGACAAGGUGAUGCCGCAGCCGCUCGUCAUGUACUUCGCCGUCUGCAUCCUGCACAUGGUGGAGCGGCUGCACGCCGUGCAGGUGGUGCACGCCGACAUCAAGCCCGACAACUUCCUGCUGGGAGACCGGUUCCUGGACAGCAGGAGCGUGGGGCCCGAGGACCUGGACCACGGCCUGGUGCUGGUGGACCUCGGCCAGAGCAUCGACAUGCGGCUGUUCCCUGAAGGCACCGCCUUCACCGCCACGUGUCUCACGUCAGGAUUCCAGUGCACAGAGAUGCUGAGUGGGAAACCCUGGAGCUACCAGACUGAUUUCUUUGGCGUAGCGGGGACCGUGCACUGCCUCCUCUUUGGGAGCUACAUGCAGGUGAAGCAGGAAGCCGGCGUGUGGACGACCAACGGCGUGUUCCGGAGGAACCCUCACAGCGAGCUGUGGCACGACUUCUUCCACUUCCUGCUGAACUCGCCGGGCGGCGCCGCCCCGCUCGACCUGCGCCGCCUGCGCCGCUCGCUGGCCGCGGCGCUGCAGCAGAACUACGGCGCCAAGCUGCCGGCGCUGAAGAGCCGCAUGAUGGUGCUGCUGCUGGAGAACCGCCGCGCCGCGCCGCGCAGAUGAGCGGGGGCGGGGCCGGUGGGCGGGGCCGGUGGGCGGGGCCUCGGUGCUCCAGUCUUAGUCUUUUGAAUUGUUUGAGCGUUUAAUAAAUCUAGAGUUUACCUCCUGAA